UCUUUGUUCCGUUUUAUCGCAGCAGCUGGAAGAACUCAAGUUGUUGCUAAUACGCUCGGAUCUUUCGCUCUGUUGCUUGUUUUCGUUUUGGGAGGCUUUGUUGUUGCAAAAGAUGAUAUUCAAGAUUGGAUGAUAUGGGGGUACUACGUUUCUCCUAUGAUGUACGGACAAAAUGCUAUCGCCAUCAACGAGUUUCUCGAUGAUAGAUGGAGUGCACCUACAAAUGGAUCAGAGCCAACAGUUGGAAAAACACUACUUAAGGACAGAGGUUUAUUCACUACAGAAUCUUGGUACUGGAUUUGCAUUAUGGCUCUUUUCGGAUUCUCUCUUCUUUUCAACGUCCUCUUUAUCGGAGCAUUGACAUACUUAAACCCUCUUGGUGAUAAUAAAGCUAUCAUAAGUGAUGAAAGUGAUGACAGCAAGAAAAAGAGACAGAUUACAUCAAAUGCUCAAGGUGUGUGA